GGUGGCGCCAAACCCGGCUGCAUGUUUUGAAUUCUUCUCAUGCGUCUCAAAUUCAUGUUUAUCGUUAUUUUUUUUUCCAGAUUGAGAAAUAUUUCUUGUUUGAUAUUUGCUGGGAUGUGAAGUGAAUAACUUACCAUAACUGCAUUGAGUAAAGGGCUGUGCUAUUCGCUGAUUCAUGCUUUUCCAAAGCAACCGUCUGCUUUCGUGGAAUUGGGUGGAAUGUUGUGUGCCCGUAGAGGUUAUCGUGCCUCGAAAGUGCCCGUGUUUAUAGGUCAUACUAGAAAUUGAAUGUUUCUUUACACUCAGAUGUAUUCGAUUUCCCUUUUCCUCUGUGUUUAUUUUCCAUUUUUCUAUUACUUUAACAAUGUUAUUAGAUAUAACUGUGAAUGAUUUGUGUUUGCUCUCCUUUAUGGACACUUUGUGGUGUAGGAUAUUAGUUCUUUUCGACGUGUUAGCUAUCGCUAAUUAAACUUUUUAUCAUAAUUUGUCGAAAUAUAUUGGACUAUUACCCAUAACCUUUUACCCAGAACAUGUUAACUAUUGUCCUGUUGCUCUUGUGAUGUUAUUUAUUACGCUAUCUGUCCUUUGUGUCAGUCUUGAGAGAUGCUAUGAGGGUACUUUUUUCCCUGACAAGACCCUUCUAACAUCAUCAUAUCUGACUUAAAUUCUUUUAUUUUGUUCAUGAUUUUGAUUAAAUCUGUAAUGUGGGGAGCAGGGAAAUCAUAGAGUAUAAAUAGUUCUAAUAACGAAAUCACAAUUUUCUGUUCCAGGCAUAUAAGUGAACCCAGAAGAUCAUCAUCACUUCUGUGCCAAAAUAGUUUUAGGUAUUACCCUGAAUGGUACAAUCUCCGAACUAAACCGUCACGCCAUAUGGCUGAGAAACCCUGCAUCACCAGCCAGCAAGCUGACCCAGAAGGGUAGCAAUUACCAAGAUGAGUCGGAGGUGGAAUUUCUAGAGGAUGUUGAUGAGGCGUGCGACUCAGAUGACCCAUUAUUAGAUGGGCACUUGUGCGUGAAGCGCGAGUGCAUCAGCCCCACCCCUGGCGAGCUGGGAGGCCCGCCACGUGAUGUCAAGCCCAACGUGGCCGAGCUCGGAGCACUCGCGAGGCGAGGAGAGGGAGGCGUCGCAACGGCGCACGACCUCGAUGAGGUGGACCAACCAGUGGGGUCGGCGGCGGUGGAUGAUUUUUCGGCAUCCCUGGCGCCUCAAACCAUGAUGCUGAUCACCAGGGCGCCCGACCAGACCGAGGACGAGGAGAGCGAGCUUGAUGUCGACGGCGAUGACUCGGCGAAGAGCCCCGCCAACAGGUGCGAGUUCUGCGGCUCGGUGUUCUCCAGGGCCGUGCAGCGACUGAGCCAUAAGUGCACCAGCACCUUCACGUGCUCGUACUGUGCGUGGAGGGGCUCUUCGCAAAGCGAGCUCCAGGCGCACGAGCUGCAGCUGCACCAAGCCAAGAAGCCGCACGUCUGCCCCGAGUGCAGUGCCCGCUGGGUCUCGGCCGCGGCGCUGACCCGCCACAUGUCGGUGCACGCGAAGGGUAAGACCACGUGCGCGUGCGACGGCUGUGGCGCCAACUUCACGACGGUCCUCUCCCUCAGGCGGCACGGGCGGGACUGCCCCGGGAUGCGCGCCGGAUGUGAACGGGACGUGAAGCCCGCCGUGCUCAAGAACAAGCCGCCGCGGUACUUGUGCAAGGUCUGCUGCGCCACGUUCAUCUGCAAGAAGAGCGUCCUUCGCCACGCGCAAACGGCUCACACCCUCAAGUUUCCCCACAAGUGCUCGAUUUGUGUGGCGUCGUUCAAGUCAAAGAUGGCGCUCACAAAGCACGUGAAAGUCCACAGCCUGAAACGCCCUUUCUCGUGCUCUGAAUGUGGGCUGGCCUUUUCUAUGCGCCCUGAGCUGCUGCAGCAUCUCAAGUUGCACAUGUCCGUGUCGUCAGGCAGGAAGGGGGGGCCUCCCUUGGUGCACGCCAUCAAGAAGGAGCUGGGCGUCGCCGACGAAGAGUUACGGCGCUCGACCAGAAGCAUCGCCCCAGACAUUGUCCUAGGGGAUGUUAAAGUCCACCUCACACGGCUGCUCGUGGACAGCAAAGCUGGAUUAACGUCUCAACUUAUUUAAUAUUUCUUCAUUUGUCUUUCUCUUUUGCAUGGUUUUAUAGUUUCUUCGAAGUUGUAUGGUCGCGGAUUGUUGUUAUUUUGAAUCCUUUUUUUCUUUUCUUUUUGAGUUGCAGCUUUUAUUAUUCUGUAUCAUGUAAAUUGACUUGAGCUAAAAAGCUUCUAGUGUGAUACUAUAUUAGAUUAAACCCAUUAUGUAAAGAUAGCAAGAUCUAAUGAGGAAAAAGACUAAGGAAAUUUUCAUUAUCUUUUCUUCUUAUUGGACCUUGACCAGUGAUUUCUCCAAUUAAGAUUUUUUUCAUUAUUAUCAUGUGUGAGGAGUUCGUAUGAUUAUCGAAGCUAUUGUAUUAAGUUUGCUUCAGUAAGAUAACAUGUACUCUCUUUUAUAAUAUUCAUAGUGUUAUUUUUUUAAAUUUCUAUCAUUUUAUUGGAUUAUAAUAAAGAAAUUUUGCUUAAAUCUA